AUGUCCGAGACGAACAACGCCGGUCACCGCUACAGUCGCAGUCGAAUGUCAGAUUGGGCUAUGGAGAGGCGCCGCUUCGGGCGGCAGAACAGAGGCGGCAGUCACGAUGCAAGCUCGCUGACCGAACCCGAACGUGACGUGCGCCGCCCGGCGCGGUCCUCGGCACGAACUCGCCCGCGGCUUGCGAUGGACGAUCUGCUGUCGGAACAACCGUAUAGUGACAACCUGGACCUACAGGAGCUUCUCGAUGAUUACACACAGACCUCAAGAAAUGGCAGCACAGGAUUCGCAAGCUCAGCCAUGUCCCACCACCAGCACCCAGGAGAACUGCCGGAAAGUAAUCGCCGGGCUAAGCGGCGCAAGCUUGACACCGACAGGAUACCGUCCAACUUUGCGGGUUUCAGAUAUGGCCGGUAUGGUCAGGUGGAUCCUGGGCAGUUGACGAUGGAGAUCGUCUCUUGCGAUGGUGGUAUCUACUCCGACGAUGGCUGCCGAUAUGCUGUGGAGAAUAUUCUCAAGAACGACCCAACAGUUUAUUGCACUGAAGGCUCCAGAUGCAACAUCGUGCUGCGGCAUCAAGGGGCUACUGUAUUCACCCUUCAAGAGUUGGUGAUCAAGGCCCCUCGGUCUAAUUACACUUCACCUGUUCAAGAGGGAAUGGUUUUUGUAGCCAUGCAUUCAGACCAUCUCCUGGCGCGAACAGCACAAUAUCAAAUCCAAUAUUCGGACUUGAAAACAUCACCGAGGGACAGUCUGCACAGCCACCUGCCUAUACUGUCGGUACGCCACAAUGCCGAUGGCACAACGAUGACGAAUGCCCAGGUGCGGGCGAGGCGCCUGUACGAGAUUGGGCGUGAUGAUGCGGAUCAACGGGACGUCCGAGUCGCUCAGAUUCCACCAGAAUUUCGAGACAUCACAUCACCACAUGGCGUCAACAUAGAAUACGGCGACGAAGAUGCGGACGAAGAUACGGCACAUGAAUGGCAUGCUGGCUCGUGGCGUUCGCGCCGCGCGAAUGGUCUUGGGCUAGGGCAAUCCGGAAGCGAAAGCAGUGACGAUGACGACGGACUUCAUCAAUAUAUGAGCCGAGCUGAUGACCGACCACGCCGACGCAGAGGCUCACUGAGCACAUCACUCGCAGAGGCGGCAGAAGCGGCACAAGUUGCCACGCAAGAAGCUGUCCGAGCGGUCGGAGGAGAAAUGCUGGCGCCGAACGCUCGAUUCUUUAUUGAGCGCAACAAGAGCCAGUGCACCAUUACGUUCGACCCGCCUGUGUGCGGGAGGUUUAUCCUGUUGAAGAUGUGGAGCCCGCAUCAGGACCCGACGGGAAACAUUGACAUCCAGGCGGUUGUCGCCAAAGGCUUUGCGGGACCGAGGUAUUUCCCUGCCAUAGAGGUCAGGUGA